AUGGCGAGAAGAAGCGGUGCGGAAAGUCCUGUGGCGCCGCCCUGCCCUUCCGGCUCUCUGCCGGACUUGUCGGAUGGCGGAAGAUUGAGUUGUGGAUUUAAUGAAGUACGAUGGUGGUGCCGGACUCGAUGUCAAAGGUGGCUGGAAGAAUCAGCAUUCCGCAUUUUAUUAAUAAUGCAUCACCCAACGUUACUACUGGUAUUAUACGCUUCAGUCAUCUUCAGGAUAGCAGGAGCAUGUUCAUCACGUUCAACGCCGAGGCCGAGACCGCCCCCUCAGCCCACGAUGAGGCCGAACAUCACAUUCCAGACAUACGCCUGCUCAGACGCAUAUGCCAAAUGGUAUUGUCUGAAUGGAGCUACAUGUUUCUCUGUCAAAAUAGGAGAAUCCAUCCUGUACAAUUGCGAAUGUGCAGAUGGCUUUGUGGGCCAAAGAUGUGAAUAUAAAGAUCUAGAAGGAUCUUACUUAGCAUCCAGACAGCAAGUGAUGAUUGAAACUGCAAGUAUUGCAGGAGGAGUCACUCUUUUAAUCAUCAUUUUAGUGAUUAUAUCUGUAGCUGUUUAUGUGCAUUACAAGAAAAAGCGGAAAGAACAAAUGCAUCCAGUAACUCCUGUGUCACAUGCAUAUCAGCCUUUCAGUGCCUUCCAUGAGUCUGAUGUAGAUGAUGAAAGAAUAUCGAUCCACGAUCCAGAAUCAGGACACGGAGACACUCAUAGGGUUGUAGGAGCAACUGUUCACUCUGCUUCUAGCAGAGCGAGGACUUCACUGUGA